CGAAAUUUGAUUAUCAUUUUACUAUCCCGAUCUAAAACCACUAAAAAAAGCUCACAGAAACCAUUUUUAAUUUCAAUAUUAGCCAUUAUUUUAUUGAUUUACUUUUAAUUCAUCUUUUAAACUGUCGAAGUUUAGAUUUUAAAAAUUAAAUCUUCAAUCAUGGAGAUGUUGGACUCGAAGUUAAAGGAUAUCACAGAGUUCUGGCUGAUCAGUGCGCCUGGGGAGAAGACGUGCGCACAGACCUGGGAGAACAUGAACAACGUCACCUCGAAGCAAAAUAAUCUCUCCAUUAACUUUAAAUUUCACAUCCCUGAUCUUAAGGUGGGGACAUUAGAUGUUCUGGUGGGCCUGUCAGAUGAUCUUGCUAAGUUGGAUGGUUAUGUUGAAAUAAUUGUGAGAAAGAUAGCUCACUACAUGGGUGAUGUUAUGGAAGGUGAGACCGACAAAUUACAUGAAUCCCUACUGGUCAAUGGAUAUUCUAUGGCAUCGUAUUUGACAAAAUUCCAAUGGGAUUUGGCAAAAUAUUCAACGAAUCAGCCGAUAAAAAAUAUUUCUGAUUUUAUUGCAAAGCAAAUGACCCAGAUUGAAUCAGACCUGAAAGCCAGAUCAGCAGCUUACAACAACCUGAAAGGCAAUUUACAAAUUUUGGAAAAGAAAUCCACUGGUUCUCUGCUAACUCGAAAUCUCUCAGAUUUAGUUAAGAAGGAGGAUUUUGUCUUGGGGUCCGACUACCUAAUUACUAUUCUCAUUGUGGUGCCAAGGUCGUUGCAAAAAGAUUUCCUUGAAAAUUAUGAAACUAUUUGCGAUAUGAUCAUACCCAGAUCAGCCAAAGAGAUCAUACAAGACAAUGAUAACAUCCUCUAUGCUGUCACGGUUUUCAGGAAAGUCCUAGAUGAAUUUAAGUUACACGCUAGGGAGAAAAAAUUUAUAGUAAGAGAUUUUGUUUACAAUGAAGAAGAAAUGGCUGCAGGCAAAACUGAAAUAUCUAAACUGGCUUCUGACAAAAAGAAACAAUUUGGUCCAUUGGUCAGAUGGCUGAGGGUGAACUUCAGCGAAUCAUACACUGCUUACAUACACGUUAAGGCACUGAGAGUUUAUGUUGAAUCUGUACUGAGGUACGGAUUGCCUGUUAACUUUCAGCCUAUGUUGUUGGCAGCCCCCAAAAAAAACCAUAAAAAGUUGAGAGAUGUGCUGAAUCAGAUGUACAUGCACCUUGAUAAUAGUGGAACUUCUAAUAUGGAUCUGAUGGACAUACCGGGUGUCUCCUCGUCCACUGCUGAGUACUUCCCUUACGUCUUCUACAGAAUCUACACCGACAUAACAACUGCAAGACAUUAAUCAUAUUAUCACCUAUAAAAAAAAUUAUGAUGAAUAAAUUAUGACAUAACGACUACGUAAUAACAAUAAAGACGAUGAUAUAAAUAUAAGAAGCUUGCUAAUGCUAGUUAUAUCUUAUCAAAAAUUGACCUGUAUAAAGCUUUGACGUUAAGUUUCCAUCUUUUAAUUUUAUUUCAGGGGUUUUAGUCAAUUCAAUCUAGUCUGUAUUCUUAUAUGUGUAGUGUAUUUUAAAUGUUAUAAUCGUUGUUAAUGGUAGUUAGGUGAAUUAAUUUGAAUGAAUUUGAUUUAAAACUUUGUAAAUAACUGAUUAUCUAUCCUUUGUUUUUCUUUCUAUAUUAGUCAAUUAGAAAAAGGUUUUCAAAUUGGUAGUCAUAAAUCUACAACACAUGAUUACACAUGUCUGAUUUCAACACCUUAAUUCUUUUUUCACUUCAUCAUUUUGUUACGACUUUCGUCAUUAGCAUUAACAUUUUACGUUAUUUAUCAAUUAUUUAUGCUAUUUAUUAUCAUCAUUGUUGUUGUUAAAUAAACAUUGUUAUAUAUAUAAUCAUUCCUAACCCUUUAAUUGUGCUUCUAUCUGAGUUAACUAAGAUUUUUAUUUUAGCUUAUUGUUAAUGAUUGAAUAGUAAUUUUAUUGAAUUUUAUUUCAUUUAUUUAUUUUAGUCAUAUCUAUUCAUCAUUUUAUUUAUUUUACUUUACAUACAAACAUUUUUUCAACUGUAAUAAACCUUUUAUCUGAAAAAACUUAAUUGAAUGUUA